AUGUUACGCAGAUUCUCCACCCAGUUCAAGAAGAACAAGGAGCCCAAUGGCGAUGCCGAACCACCCAAGAUCUCUAAAGAUAAUGGCAAGCGCAAUUCAAAGCCCGCACAGCCCUUGCGCAAGUCCUCAUCCCACGAGGACAAGCCGCAAACAGUGAACCGAGCUGAAGUCGUUGCGAUCUUUGACAAGUAUGCGCAGGCCAUCCAUGUCUCCAGCGAGCCACUCCCAAGCCAGGGUGGUGAUGGCGCAAUUCUGAAGCAUGAACAAUCCUCUGGCCUCUUCAAUGAUAUCAAGUCGCUCGGGUUUCGCGAUCUCUCGACUGUCAAGGAUUUGAUCAAAUCCAAGGCUUCGGGUGAACUGGUGGAUGACAAGACGUAUCUCAUGGAGCGCAUCAUUCAGCUGGUCGCGGAUAUGCCUGGUCAUUCCAAGAACCGUACUGAGCUCACAAACCAAUUUCUGAACGAGCUUUGGGAUUCUCUCCCUCACCCCCCUCUCUCUCAGCUCACAAGGCCUGGGGAGAAUCGCAGUUACAUGGGUGAUGACUUCAAAUAUCGCUCUGCCGAUGGAUCAAGAAACAAUCCAACGCUUCCUCAGCUAGGCGCUGCCAAUACUCCGUAUUGUCGCACCAUUCCUCCAUUGACAAUUCAGCCCUCUGGACUGCCGGAUGCUGGUCUACUUUUCGAUACUCUGUUUGCGCGUCAGAAAUUCACCCCUCACCCGAACAAGGUGUCAAGUAUAUUCUUUGACUGGGCGUCGUUGAUUAUCCACGAUAUCUUCCAGACCGACUAUCGCCAACAGCACCUCAACAAGACCUCUUCCUAUCUUGACCUCUCUAUUUUGUACGGCGACGUACAGGAGCAGCAGGACCUCAUUCGAUCGCAUCAAGAUGGAAAACUCAAGCCAGAUUGCUUCUCUGAGGGUCGCCUGCAGGCGCUACCCGCUGCCUGUGGUGUACUUCUUGUAAUGCUCAACCGUUUCCACAACCAUGUCGUUGAGCAGCUGGCACUCAUCAAUGAAAAUGGCCGUUUCACGAAGCCUCGCGAUGGGCUGCCCGAGGAGGAAGCAAAGAGAGCCUGGGCUAAACGCGACGAGGACCUGUUCCAGACUGGUCGCCUCAUCACAUGUGGUCUCUACAUAAACAUUACGUUGUACGAUUAUCUGCGGACGAUCGUCAACUUGAACCGCACUAAUUCAACCUGGUGCUUGGAUCCUCGCGCCCAGAUGGAAAAGACGGGUGCCACUCCUUCUGGUCUUGGUAACCAAUGUUCUGUGGAAUUCAAUCUCGCUUAUCGUUGGCACUCGACCAUCGCUCAAGGUGACGAGAAGUGGAUUGAGCAAAUCUACUUUGAUCUUAUGGGCAAGCCCGCCGAGGAAGUCUCCAUGCACGAGUUGCUGAUGGGUAUGAAGAAAGUUGAAGGCGGGCUUGAUCCUGAUCCGUCGAAGCGGACCUUUGCCCGAUUAGAGCGCCAGGCAGAUGGAAGAUUCAAAGACGAGGAGCUCGUUGCGAUCCUUAGCAACGCCUGUGAAGACGUCGCUAGCUCGUUCGGUCCUCGUAACGUUCCCAAGGCACUUCGUUCAAUUGAAAUUCUCGGAAUUGAGGCUGCACGAAGAUGGCAUGUGGGAUCGCUCAACGAGUUCCGCAAGCAUUUCGGGCUGAAGACUUAUGACACCUUCGAGGAGAUUAACUCCGACCCCGAGAUUGCGAAUUGCUUACGCCAUCUUUAUGAGCAUCCCGACUUCGUGGAGCUGUAUCCUGGUAUUGUGAGCGAAGAGCCUAAGGAGCCUAUGAUUCCCGGGGUCGGAAUCGCACCGACCUUCACCAUCUCCCGUGCUGUCUUGUCUGAUGCAGUUGCUCUCGUCCGUGGUGAUCGUCACUACACCAUUGAUUACAACGCUCGCAACUUGACCAACUGGGGCUACAACGAGUGUCGCUAUGACCUGAAUAUCAACCAAGGAUGCGUCUUCUACAAGCUUGCGACUCGCGCGUUCCCUAAUUGGUACAAGUCGGACUCCAUCUACGCUCACUACCCGAUGACGAUCCCUAGUGAGAAUCGCAACAUCAUGAAGAAUUUGGGACGCGAGCAAGAUUAUUCAUGGGACCGCCCUUCUUUCACUCCACCACGUAUCAACGUUUCAUCAUACAAGAACGCUCUCCUGGUCUUGGGCAAUACCGCCGACUUCAAGCCGGCGUGGAGUGGAGCUAUGACGGAGCUAUUUGGCAGGGGAGAGUUCGGUGCUCAGCAGCGCGAGGCAAUGACCACGUCCUUCACUUCCGAUAACUUUGCCACUCUGGUCAAGAACUUCUAUGAAGAGGCCACCUUGCGUCUUAUCAAGGAGAAGGGUGCCAGCUUGGGUGGCAUCAAUCAGGUUGAUAUCACGCGCGAUGUUGGAAACCUCGCUCACGUUCAUUUCGCCUCAGCUCUCUUUGGUCUUCCACUGAAAACGGAAGAGAACUCUCGUGGUCUUUUCACCGAGCAUGAGAUGUACAUGAUUUUGGCGACGAUCUACUCGGCCCUUUUCUAUGAUGUGGAUCCCGCAAAAUCAUACUCUCUGAACCAGGCUGCUUCUGCGGUCUCCCAACAGCUGGGAAGUGUUGUGGAGUCGACCGUCAAGGCCGAUACGCAGAGCAGUCUCUUCUCAGGCCUCAUGAACAGCUUCCGACCACACGACAAUGCUCUUCGCGAGCACGGCACUGCGUCACUCCGUCGCGUGAAAGAUUUAGGCAUGAGUGCGUCCCAGAUCACCUGGUCUCACAUCAUGCCGACCAUCGUCGGUAUGGUCCCCAGUCAAGGCCAGGUCUUCACGCAGAUCGUUGAGUACUACACGUCGCCGGAGGGUAAGCACCACUGGGCUGAAAUUAGCCGUCUUGCGCGACUGGACUCAAAGGAAUCUGAUGACCUGCUUCACCGAUACUGCCUGGAAGCCAUUCGUAUCAACGGCACCUUUGGUGAGUAUCGUGAAGUUCAGAGACCUGUUAUCCUCGAAGAGGAUGGCGUGGUUAUAAAUGCCCAGCCUGGAAACAAGAUCUUCGCGUCCUUUGUCCAAGCCAACCACGACCCCAGUAUCUUCCCCGAGCCCAAUGAGGUUAAUUUGACUCGACCGCUUACCUCGUACAUCCAUCACGGCCAGGGUCCUGCCAACAGUCUUGGCCAGGAAACUGCCAAACUUGCUCUCGUGUCCAUGUUGCGUGUUGUUGCUCGAUUGCCAAACCUGCGCCGAGCCGCGGGUGCCCAGGGCCAGCUGAAGAAGAUUCCUCAGGAAGGCGGACAUUACGUGUACCUCCGUCAAGAUGGAACCACUUACUUCCCCUUCCCUAUGAGUCUCAAGCUUCACUGGGACCGUGACUUUGACUUCCACCCUCUCAAUGCAACCAAAAAGCAUUGA